CAAGCCAUCGCCUACUUCAUGUGCAAAGACCUGCGUCCAUACAACGUUGUGGAAAAUGAAGGAUUUUGUCACUUGCUAAAAACACCGGAACCAAGACAACAGAUCCCAGCAGCAAACUUUGCACAGAAUGACAGCAUGUCGUUUAGUUCUGGGAGAUGGCGGAGGGAAUGGUGUGCUUCAGCGACAAAGAGUCUUUUGUCUAAUCAUGCACUGAAGCCCCUGGUUCCCACCCUGUGCCUGGUGGUCGUGGUGAUACACGGCCUUGCGGACAAACUCCGAAACUUUGUGGUUAGCAUCUUCAUCCCCCAGUACCACUACCCCUAUGCAGUGGCUCUCUGCUUUGCCCAGGUUCUGGUUUCUCUCUUAGUCUUAAAUCUCCUCCAUGUCCUGGAUCUGGUGCAUCUAAAGCAUUACUCGAGGUCCCUGGGUGAGAAGGUCUUGGUGCCUUCUAUCUGUAGCAGCAUCCAUGCUGUUCUGGCCAUGUGGGCCAAGGCUAGCAGCUCGUACGCUGGCCUCUUCCCCCUCCUCCUGCCUCUGCUGCCCAUGGUAACUGUGGGCUUCAGUUUCUCUCAGAAGCUGACAUCCACCCCUUCUAUCCACAUCUCUGUUCUGAUUUCCAUCCUGGGUGGGACAUCUUUUGCUAUCACAGCCUCCCAGGGUCUGUCAGGUGUUGAGCGUCUGGAGUACUUGUAUGCACCUCUGGCUUUAAUCCUCCACAGUCUGUCUCUGACUUGGCUGACUAAAGUGUCUGAAGCUGAGCGCCGCCACCACCAAGAUGCCCAAGCCUCUAUAUUUGACAUCUACUACACUCAGCUGGUCAAUCAGAGCUGGGUGCUGGGCCUACUGUGGCUGCUGCACCCGGACAGUCCCUGGCGGGUGUUGAGUCACGGCAACUGGCAAAGCCUGCUCUUCCAAGGAUACCUGCUCGCUAUUCUCCUGCUGGGGAUGGUGCUGAAUUUUCUGGUCGGUAUGUCGGCUCUGUGUGUCUCACCGCUUGCUGCUGCACUGCUACACUCAGCAAGGCGGUUGGUGCAGCCGUUCCUCCAGCUUAUGUAAUUUCACUCACAAAGGACUUAAAACAAUUUUUAUAUUGACUGUUUUGUACUGUAUUAACAUAAACACAUUGUAAUUUGAUCCACAUCAGUGACCACAGUCACUUAUUCUAUGGAUAAUAACAAGUUACAUCAGCUUCUUUCCUCCGUUCACAAUAACCUACUGAGCCACUAAGAUAAAAUACGGAAUGUCAGCAGAGAAGCAACAUGCGUUAAAUUGUAACAAUGAUAGCACAUUGCAAACACAUUCUGUAACAAGCUAAUGAUUUACAGCUGGGUCCCAUAGUAUAAAUUAAGCCACUGUUCUUUCCUUUUAGUAACCAGUAGUCAGUUGACAGGUCUAAAUGACAUAAAUGAAGGCUUGAAUUUUAUUUUAUUUUAUUACAUAUUUACUUUAAAUACUAACAUUUCUUAAUAUGCCCUUAAUCCAUGUAUCUUUCUUCAAUAUUGUCACUUCUGUUGUUGCUUACACUGUAUACGUGACAUGAUUUAUUUAACAGUAUUUAAGAUGAACCGAUUUAAGUUCCCAUGUUCGGCCUUGAAUGAUUCUGACAGCUUUUUCAGAUGAGAAGGGGUGAUAUUGAGGACCGGGUUAUUUGUACAGGACACAGACCGUUAAACACACUUUCUUAGGUUUACAGUGACAGUGUUCAAAAUGUUUAAACUCAGAUCUUUGACUGAAGGAACUUUUAACCAGAGGUUUGUAGAAGUUGCCCUUGAAUGAAUCUGACUUAAGGCUAGUCAGAUGAGAAGGGAUUGUGAUAAGGAACGAGUUCAAUGGUGCCAUCAACAAAUUCUUUGCCAUUGUCAGAAGCUCAUAUUUUAAUUUAAGAAUAUGCUUUUAUUACGGUUAUUUAAUUUGUUUCCUCAAAGUAUGUAUGUAUUGCCUU